AGAAGUAUAAAGUGAAGGCAGGCAAAAGUAGAGCGCCGCCCUUUGUUCAAUAUGAGCCAGAGAAGGUGGUCUGUGGGUUACAAAAUGUUGUGAGCUAGUUAAGUCAACUCAACCCAUGAUGCCCCAAAAUGCUUUACGUUCCUUCUUUGCCUAAAUGCUGUCUUGGACUGGCGAACCCAGAUCACGUGACCCAUGAUGCUUCUGCUGCAAGGAUGUAGCCUUCAGCUGGACGAAUUUGACAGAUAUGACUUGAGGUGCUUACACAAAUUUCAAGAUGUCUGAACAUGGAGAUGGGGAUGGAGAGGCGAGUUCAUCUACUGCUUUCAGACCAUCAUUUGCUGUGGGCAGAGGACUGCCAGGCCGAGUAUCACUGAAUCCCCCUCCACCAGGCAGACUGACCUCUUUGCGCUCCCGAGAUCUCACCCUGGGUGGAUAUAAAAAGAAAACCUUUGUACCAAAUGUUCACUCUGUUCGCAAAAAUAAAGAUGAGUUACAGGGGACUCGCACUGCACCAAAGAAAGAGAGAAGAGAGAGAGAAGACAGACAAAGAGAGAGACGGCGGCGAGAAAAACCUCAGACUAUUCAGUCUCACUCCAUCUUUGAGCAGGGUCCUGCAGACACCUACAGAAACCAGGUAAAGAACACUUUUAAAGCACACAAUUAUUGACAUUAUAUUUGGACUGUAGAGCCAGAGGAGAACUGGUCCCCUGGUGUUGCCUGGUUUCUCCCAAGGUUUUUUUUUUUUUUCUUCAUUAUCCAGCAUGAAAUUAACUUUUUCAUUCCUUGCCAUGAACUAUGUUUCCAUCCAAAGUUGUGAAUUUAACUUGUGGGCAAAAUUAGAAAAAACACUGUUUUUAUCCAUGUGUUCAAGAAAACAAAAUCGUCACUUCCUGGAAAUUGCCGCUAAAUAUCUGUAAUAUAAAUGGCCACUGUGCCUCUUUUUUCAUAUAUUACAAAUAACUUGCACCUCAGAGCAAGCAGACUAAAUGCUGUGCGUUCGAAUGCCUGGUGUUUAAGUAAGAACAGUGGCAUUUUCAUCACGCACUGUUACCGCAGCAGAAACUAAAUAUUCCAGGGUAGAAAAAGAAACAUUAGCAGGUGUGUGGGCCACAGAGGGAUAGAUGACCUACCUGUGGGGACGACACUGUGGACUGAUGACAGCCCACUGACCACUCUCCUGUCAUCUAAGGGCCAAGGCAGAGCAGGUAUUCGAAUACCCAGAUGGUCAGCUAGGCUGAUGGCAUUUACUUAUGACAUUCAGUAUAAGCUAGGAUGCGAGAAUGUGACCGCAGACUGUUUAUCUCUCUUACCAUUUCCCAGUACUGAACCUAGUCCGGAAAAGUUGUGGCACUCACCUCUACGCUCACAGUAACCAACACUGAGUUCAAAGCUGCACUGAAUUCUUGUCCUAUUCAAGCCGAGCUGUGCAGACUGCUCAAAAUGGCCAAAGUGUGCUAGGGCUCUGGAUCAUGCUUUACAGCCAUACUUUCAAUAAUUGGCUUGAACUUUCACUCGUACUCGAUUUAAAAUUUUACCUGUGUUGGGUAACCGGCAAAAUACCAGAAGUGGCGCAUUCCACAGACACAUUAUUAGACCAUUUUCUAAUGCUGCAAUAUGUAUUAAAGCCAUUUAAAAACCACAGGGCUGCGAUUCAAUUAAAUAAAUAUAUACCCUGCGGGUUUAAUAGAUAUAUUCGCUUUAAUUAUUUACAUGCGUGUAGAUUACAUGGCAUCUCAGAGCGGCUCCUCGUUCACAGUAAAUGCUGUUUAAACAGUUUGUAAACAGUUCCAAAUGAACUGUUAUCAUUUACAUGCGUGGAGCGUCUCAUACUCCAUCUCUGCAUAUGCUACGAGUUUGGGUUGCUUAUAACGUUCAUCUGGGAGGGCAAUUUGUGCCAUUUUAUCAGACAUUUAUCAGACAUAUUUUAUCAUUUAUAAACCUACGCCAGCACAGGAGAAUACAUCAAUAUCUAUAUAAAUAUGCGAACUGUUCAUCGUGAUUUCAAAAUAAAAGUUUAAACCUUUGCUCUGAGUUUGCUGUUGCUGUUUUGAUGUCCACAUAUUCUUGUUCAAGAAAUUACAGUGGCUGUACCAUUUCUAUUGUAAAGAAGUUGCCAAAUAUUAAAGAUUAAGUAAACAUAUGAAUUUAAUGUUGUUUGGUCAUUAAUUGCCAAUAUUAAACAAGGAUUUGAUCUGCUGUAAGUGUAACAACACCAGGUUGGUGCCCUCUGCAGGCAUUUGUUAUAAUACUUAAUGUACAAGAUGAUUGUACAUAUUUUGUACAUUAUGUAUUUCAACAGUGUUGUUCUAUAAAACCUUAUGUUUACUUGCUUUUGAUAGUUUAUUUGAACCAAAUAUUAUUGCCUGAUUAUGUAUUUUAAGUUAGGUCUUUGCUUAGGUCUAUUUUUAUUACCACCAAAAAAAAUCUUAUUUUUAAUUAUUAUUCUUAUUUUUAAUGAUUAAUCUUGAUUAAUCGUAAAAAUAAUUGACUCGAUUACUCCUGGCAUGGAUGCACAAACGGAAAUGGCUGUCAAAUUUUGUGUCACGUGUCAGUUACAUGACAAAUCUGCUAUCACACAUACAACACCACUUCAUCCCAUAUAAUACCCUACUGACGCCUGGGAAAAAGUGGCCAUAGACAUCAUGGGCCCUUUUGACGCUGCACCUGUGGACUGUCGCUUUGUGGUCAUUCUGUUACAGCAAGUGGCCUGAGAUAGCGUUCGUCUCACAUCCUACCACUCAUUCCAUGAUACAGUUUCGGUCUACUGUGUUUAGCAGGAAGGGGAAUCCGAAAGAGCUGAUUUCUGACAAUGGAGUACAGUUCACUUGGCAUGACUUCAAGCUGUUCCUGCAAGACAGAGGAAAUGUACACAGGACAUCAUCUGUGUAUUACCCAAGAGCAAAUGGGGAACGUUUCAAUCACAGCUUAAAGGAUAGCUUACAGACUGCAUCACUGGAAGGAAGAGGGUGGAAGGAGUUUACCAGUCUUUCUGCAGGCACACCGUGCAGCGUCACAUGCCACAACACAUUGCACACCAGCUGAACUCUUGCAUGGUAGAACUUAACGUCUCGGGUCUUCCCUUGCCACCUGCAGGUAGUUGGUGCAGCACUAACCUGAAUGACUGUGAUCCUGCACUUGUCACAAAAUGCAUUAAAAAGGAAAAGAACAAUACUGAGGAUGAUAACGAAAUUUUACAAAAACUCCAACGAGAUGAUUUUUUGGAUGAUCCUGGAUUAAAAAAUGAUCCUAAGCAAAGACCAAUCAGACUUCCACUCCAUCAGUCAUACACCUUUUUGUCAACAGAGGCAGCUAGUUCAUUUAAAGAGACCACAUCUGAUAAUGCACUGAAAUCACCCAGAGCUGAGCAGAAAUACCCGCUGCCAUUGAGGGGAACAUCUGCAUUCCCGCAACAACCAACUGUUGGAGAACUUUUCCAGCAGCUAAGUGUUUCAGAUCAGGAAGAACUACUGUUUAUUCAACUUCCUGAUACCAUACCUGGUCAACCUAAAACCUCAAGCCCAGAGAAAACCAAAAAGGACAACAAAACUGAAGACAAGCGCUCAUCACAAAUUAAAUCUCUGGAUCAGCCUGAUAAAGCCGCUGUACCUUUGCUGUCUGACUUCUCAGAGGGUCUGAUUGGAAAACUGCAAAUUAGAAAGUCUGGUAAAGUCCAGCUGGUCAUGGGAAAUGUUACAUUAGAUGUCUCAGAAGGAGCGGCCUUCUCUUUCCUACAGCAACUUGUUUGUGUUCGGCUGUCGGAGGGCCUCACCGGGGACAUGACUGUGCUGGGAAACAUCACACACAAGCUGGUGUGUUCACCUGAUUUUGAGACUUUACUGCAAGAAGCCAAAUUGCCAUCUGAUCUCUCCUCGGCUACAAAAAAGUCCUGAUUUUAUCCCACAAGAGUAUUUAAAAUAAUAAUGUAAAUAACUUUUUUUAAAUGUAAAAGUUUUAAAUGUGAGGUUUUGUACAAAGUACUGACAAUUAUAAGUCAAUAUUCAGCCUAAAUCUGAGGUCACUUGAUUUGCAUUUAAAAGGGAUAGUUCACCUAAAAAUGAAAGUUUUGUCAUGUUUCAUUUUUUACUCAUGCUUAUUUAUUCCUGCUUCAAAGAAAUGUAAAAUAUCUGAAUGUUUUAAGGCCUGUUCACACCAAUGACUAUAUUGAUAAAGAUAUAUAGAAUCCUUCCUGCUUUAAAGAGCUUGAAUAUUUAAAGUGGCAGACGACAAAACUGCUGCGUUUAUAAUAAAAAGAAAGUUUUAUUUCGUGAUUGCGGACACUAAUAUAGGUAUCGUUCUUGGUGUGAACAGGCCUUUACACAAAAGUCAUACUGGUUUGGAACGUGACGUCAAGUAAACGACUCAGUUGUCACUUUGGGGUGAACUAUUUCAUUUAACCUUAGAAAGCACAUUUAUAAUGACGUUUUACAAUUUAAUGAAAACUUUUAAAGUAUUCUGUUGUAAAUACCUUCUGUUGCUUUUAUAUAAAAUGUAAAUGUUUAUUUUGUAAGUAAAGACAUACAAAACA